AUGGAACAAAUAGAAUAGAGUGUAAUCUUAGAUGAUGAAGGAGUGAAGGAGAUGAAAGAAAUUUCUUAAUGUUUAAAUUAAACCCCAAUUUUAUUGGAUUAGAAUUUAACGAUGAUAUCCAAUUUGAAAUUCACUUUUGCAAUUGAUGAUUAUGAAUAGCGAUAACAAAAUAAUGUCAAUUAAAAUGGGAAAACUCUAGAUUAAAAUAAGAAAAACAAUCAACUUUACAAUAUGUAAAAAGAUGGUUUUUUUCAAGAAAUGAGUUUGUUGAAGAAUAUCAGUUUCUCUGAUUUGGAUUGCUAGAAGUUCAGAUCAUUCGAAUCAAUAUAAUUAGAUAAGAAUUGCGAAUUGACACUAUUUAGUCAUAAUUAAAAGAAGGGAAUCCAAAAUAUUUAAUCAAAUGGGUUAUUGUCGAACCAAAUUUUUAAUAGCAAAUUUCAAUCAAACUUAUUGUCUGGUCCCCAUAGUUCGAGAAACCUUGAGUCCAAAAAUCAAUCCGCUCAUUUAACAUCCAGCGAUCCACAAUUGGAAGAAAACAAUAAUAGAUGGCUUCACAAAUAUCCUUCUUAUAUAAUUUAGAAAACUGAAAAUAAUGAAAAAAGCGAAUACCCAACCCUCUUCAAGAAUUAUUCUUAAAUAGGCAGAAACACAAAUGAUGCCAGUUUUGAGGACUAAUAAAUUAAAUAGGAAUUCUAAACGUUGAUUAAUGCAAGCAAAGCCUAAAAAGAAUAAUAAUAGUAAGCAAAUACAUCCAUUAGUUCUAUCAAUAAAAGAAAGCAGGACUAAUAAAAAUAAAAUUAGGAUAUACAAAAUUAAAAUAAGACUCGAAGACCUAGUUCACCAAAAUUUAAAUUUGUUGUCAAAUAAAAGAAACAAAGCAAAAAUUCUGGUUAACACAUUAAAUUAACAUUUGAAAAAGGAUAAAAGGUUUUUGACAUCUCAUCCUAGAGAUUAAAUAAGGAAACUUCGAAGAGUGUAGAAUAACUUAAAAUAAAUGAUCAUUUUUUGAAAUUGCAAAAUGAAUAAGAAAGAGAAUUGUGUUAUAAACCCUUCGAAAAUACCAAGUAUUCAGAAAUAUCCAAAAUAUUUACCCGUAAAAAUCAUGAAAGUCCAACUGCAGCACUCUACAAAAAGAAGGCCAAUAAAUCAAAAUAAAAUAUUUCAUAAAACACAAUAAAUUCAGUGAAUAAUGUUAGCAAUCAUUCUUAUGAUAACCAUUCUGGUCAAGAGUAUGAAGAUAGCUUUGAGAAUGAAGCCUAAGAUUAAUAUAUUCAUAAAGUCGAUUUGUAAUAGUUAUUAAAAGAGAAGCAAGUUAGUCCUACCACUUAAAGUUAAGAACAAAGUCAUUUCGAAAGAAAUGUAUUCUCUUUUAAGCCGUUGAUAGAUUUUUAGCCAUAGAAUGACUCUAAGUAUUAAGAGAACAUAGUUAAUUAAAAAUAGAAUAAUUAAUUUUAAUUAACAUUUUAACCUCAACAACAAUAUUAAAGGAUUUCACCCAUAAGAAGGAAUGAUGAGGAUUUAAGAAUAAAAAAUGAUUAUUAGAAUUAGUAUCUUUCAAAGCAUUAAAAUCAAUAGAGUUAAUACUCAGAGCAUAAUAAUUAAUAAUCUUAAUAAUAGAACGAGAUUUAAGGAAAUAAAAAAUAACCUAUUUAAAUUAAAUUAAAUAUUUAACAAUUUAUGAAUAAUAGUAACUCUGAAAAAUAACAAUUUUAGGAAAUCUCACCGCAUUCAUCUAAGAUUGUUAAUCAUUCUAAUAAAAAUAGCUAAAAUUUUAGAACACUCAAAAAAUGA